UCAAAUCACCACUCCACUCUCUACUCUUGCUCCAUCGCUCUAUCAUUUCUCUUUCUCCACUCUCUCUCUCUACAGUCUACGCCCUCUCUCUGCUGUACGUGCCAUUAUCAUUUUCUCCUCAAAAGCAAACACCCCAAUCCAUUUCUCUCUCUCUCUCUCCCCGCGAAUCAACAGCAUCCACUCCCUCUCUCUCUCUUCCCCUUUCUUCUCCGAAUCAACAUCAUCUACUCUCUCUCUAAACAAGUCCGACUCCACUGCCCCAUUGCGUAUUUCUUCUCUGCAACAACCACUCUCCUCUCUCUCUCUCCUUCAUCUACCCAUCGAUUGCAGAACACCCCUCUUCUCUCUCUGUCUCAAAUAAAACACGCCCCAUUUCACUCUUUCGGCCUCUCUCCGCUCGCAUACCAUCCCCGCCCCAGUCUGCUGAGAUUGCUCUUCUUCUCUCUUCCCAUACCUGUAGACCCGAAGUAGAUAUCAGAGAGAGCAUAAGUGCAAACAGAAACCAGCAAGAUAGAGAAUGGGAUCCAGGAUUCCUUCCCAUCAGCUGAGCAACGGCCUGUACGUGUCGGGUCGCCCCGAGCAACACAAGGAGAGAGCCCCCACCAUGUCCUCCAAGGCCGUGCCCUACACUGGCGGCGAUGUCAAGAAGUCGGGGGAGCUCGGCAAAAUGUUUGACAUCCCUGUCCUUGACAAAGCCCCUGUCCCCCGACCCUCGAAUUCCAACCCCAACUCCAAUUCGGGCCCCAACCGGACCCCCACUUCUUCAAACCCUAAUUCGAGCUCAGGCCCACUUCGCAAGUCCUCAGGCCCUCUGUCCUCCUCUCGACAACACUCUGGAUCUCUAUCUCUGCAACCUACGGGACUAAUUACUAGUGGGCCUAUCUCAUCAGGCCCCCUUAAUGGGCCUCGUAGGCCCAAGUCAGGCCCCAUUGAGCCCAAUAAGGUUGCCGGGUAUGGGGCAUCGAUCACGAGCCUCGAUGCUGGGGAUGGGGGUUUGAGGUUUAAGGUUCCUAAGCUGGUGGUUUGGGUUAUUGUGGCGGUUUUUAUGGUGGCUUUAGUGGUUGGGGUCUUCAUGUUGGUAACUGUGAGAAAGCCCAUUAUAUUGUUUGUUGUGGCGGGGUUUUCGGUUCCAGGGAUUGUCAUGUUGGGGUGGAAUUUUGCUUGGAGAAGGAAAGGGUUGAUGGGUUUUAUUGCAGGAUAUCCUGAUGCAGAGCUUAGAGGUGCAAAGAACGGGCAAUAUGUGAAGGUUACUGGGGUCGUGACAUGCGGCAGUAUACCUCUUGAAACAUCAUACCAGAGAAUUCCAAGGUGCAUAUAUAUUUCCACUGAGUUGUAUGAGUAUAGAGGAUUGGGUGAUAAACCAGCAAAUUCUCAUCAUCGCUGCUUUUCAUGGGGUUUAAUGCACUUGGAGAGGCAUGCAGCGGACUUCUAUAUAUCAGACUUCCAAACAGGGCUAAGAGCGCUAGUGAAAGCUGGGUAUGGGGCCAAGGUCGCUUCAUUUGUGAAGCCCUCAACUGUGGUUGAUGUAACUAAGGAAAACAGGGAGGUGUCCCCCACCUUUCUCCAUUGGCUAGCUGAGCGCAACCUUUCCAGUGACGACCGUGUGAUGCGGCUCAAGGAAGGGUACAUCAAAGAGGGGAGCACAGUGAGUGUUAUGGGGAUGGUCCAGCGCCAUGAUAACGUGUUGAUGAUCAUUCCAUCUUCAGAACCGAUCUCCACGGGGUGCCAAUGGAAGAGCUGCCUUCUAUCAACCACCAUUGAUGGGCUUGUUUUGACAUGCGAUGAAUGUUCUAGUGGUGAUGUCAUAAUACCAGUCUGAUUAGUGAUCUCUCUCUCUCUCUCUCUCGCUCUGCAUGUGUAUUUUUUGAAGGAAAUUCUGAGUAGUCUGUGUAUUUGGAAAUAGAACUUAGUCUCUCUCUCUCUUUAGAAAUUGAAUCUGGGUAUCCCACCUUUGUUUGGAUAGUAUGAUUUUAGGAGAGGUGGUGGUCUUUACUCCCCUGUUGUGGAACACUGGGUACAUCGCAGGGACUCCAUUUGUACUAUGUUGUGAUUUUACUGUAUGUAUAAUUGUCUAGUUAGGAUUCUGGUCAGGCAGGCGCAUGUGCUAUUAUUAUGCAUAUGAUCAAUGAUGUUUUGGGACAUGAUCUUUGGUCAGAUACCAAAGACGUCCCGAAAGUAGGUAGGAACAAAUUAAACCUUUGUUGAUAUUGUAAAGUGUAUUCUACGAAUGUACAUAAGAAGCAAAGCCACCCAAAAGUGGGAUCUUUGCUCUCUCUCUAUGAGUUAUUGAAGCUUGCAAUUCAGAUUAUCAGAA